GAUGGUUAGCUUGACGGAGGCGGCGGAGCUUUUCACAAAGAAUUUGACUGGACAAAUGAAAACACUGGAAAAGCGAAAAGUUACCAAGUAAAACUUCACUUUUGUGUCCAUAAUCCUUGUGGGACAUGAGCACACAUUUAUCUAUUUCUGUGGCUAGAGUGAAAGAAUGCUAGCACGAGGAACGUAAGCAAAUUCACCUCAUCAGUACACCACCAUGUACAUUCUGUCAGCAUGUGUUGAUUUUCGGAACAUUUUGCCAUCGCUCCGUGGCAGACUCGGUGAGAGACGCCCCUUUGACUGUUACACCUCCCAGGCAUAAGCCAUUCUCAGUGUUAGCAAGGAGGAAAGUAGAAGAUGACAAAACAGUCACUCCACCUGGGAUGGCUGUUUCUUUCCGCGCAAGAAGCCCCCCCCCCCCUCUCAGCCGCUAAAUGUAACAUAGCAUAUUUUGGACCGCCAACAGUCCGCAGUCAAACCUCCUCCGUUCUGCGUCGCCACACGUCUGAUAUCCCUCCCACUACUGUUAGCAUGCUAGCAAACGCCAGCACUGCUGGAUGGACGGCUGGGGGGAAUCUGGAAUCCACUGCUUUUGUCGACGCUCCGAUGUCGGAGAUUUGUGACACAGGCCGAUGAUGGACAUCCACAACACACGCAUGCGCUACAUGGAACGUGUGCAGCGAGUCUCAAGUGUGUGUCGUUUGCGUCCUGCAGAUGUCCAGCAGCUGAUUGGUCGUCAGGAAGGACUUCCGCCUCAUCCGCAGGGGUGGAGCCCCGCUUUGAAGCAGGAGGAGCCCCGGCCCCCUCACGCUAAAGAAGAAGAGGAGGAACUCUGGAUCACUCGGGAGGGCGGGGAGGCGGCUCUCAGCAAGGUGCCUCUGACUAGUGUCUCUGUGAAGACUGAAGAGCAUGAAGGCACACCACCCGAGUCCUUGCGUUGCUCGUCUUCUUCAGACGUCCAGCACAUGAUUGGUCCUCAACAGCAGGGGGGGAGCUCCACUUGGAAGCAGGAGGACCCCCAGCCGCCCCACGUUAAGGAGGAAGAGGAGGAACUCUGGAUCACUCAGGAGAGCGAGGAGGCGGAUCUCACCAAGGUGAAGACUGAAGAGCAUGAAGACAAACCACCCGAGUCCUCACAGCGUCAUCAUAGUCCCGGUGAGGAGAACGGAGGGGCGGAGCCUCCAGGCAGCAGCGGACGAUCCCAAGCAGACGAGCUCCUGGCUCCGCUGACAGAUAGCGCUCACACGACGUCACACUUUUCUGAGGAUGAAGAAACUCCGAGCAGCAAUCCGAACUGUGAAGGAGAUACAACUGACAAUAAACGCUCUGAAUGCUCCGAAAAGAAGACGGGUAAGAAACGUUUCACCUGCUCAGUUUGUGCUAAAAGAUUUACUUUUAAGUGCUAUUUGACCCAACACAUGCGGACGCACACAGGAGAAAAACCUUUUGGUUGUUAUGUCUGUGGGCAAAGAUUCACUCAAAAGUCGUACAUGGAGUCACAUGUGACAAUGCACACAGGAGAAAAACCCUUUCGUUGCUCAGUUUGUGGUAAAAGCUAUUCUCACAAAAACAGUUUUGCUUAUCAUAUGCUGAAACACUCAGAAAAACAUUUUGGUUGUUCUGUUUGUAGUCAAAGGUUUCCUGUAAAGUCACAAAUGGUGUCACACAUGACCAAGCACACAGGAGAACACCCCUUUGGUUGCUCAGUCUGUGGUAAAAACUUCAGUUCCAAGCAGUAUUUGACUUUUCACAUGAUGAAACACACUGGAGAAAUAGCCUUUGGUUGUUCUGUGUGUGGUCAACGAUUCCCUCAAAAGUUAGUACUGGUAUCUCACAUGAGAAAGCACACUGGAGAAAGACCCUUUGGUUGCUCGGUGUGUGGUAAAAAAUUUCCUUACAAAUCUAGUUUGAUUUAUCACACACGGAAACACACAGGGGAGACACCCUUUGGCUGUUCCGUUUGUGGUGAAAGGUUACCUCUGAACUCCCAACUGGUAUCGCACAUGAGAAAGCACACAGGAGAAAGACCCUUUGGUUGCUCGGUGUGUGGUAGACAUUUUUGCUCCAAGCAGUAUUUGUCUUUUCACAUGCUGAAACACACUGGAGAAAAACCUUUUGGUUGCUCUGUUUGUGGCCAAAGAUUCACUCGAAAGUCACUCCUGGGAUCACACAUGAGAAGGCACACAGGAGAAAAACCCUUUAGCUGCUCGGUGUGUGGUAAAAUGUAUUUCUCCAAACCCAGCUUGGCUUAUCACACGCGGAAACACGCAGGAGAGCGUCUGACUGGGAGGCAGGCGGGUACGAACCCCUCUGGAGCUGGUCAAGAGGGGCUGGGGGCAGCCUCACGUGGUCAGCCCAAGCAUUACUGGAACCAGAAAGGCUUCGAAUGGUCUUUCUGACAGUCCCAGGUGAUGAUGAAAUGGGAAAGUAUUCACGGCACUGGACACAAACACAAGUCAGCCUGGCAAAAGGGAGGAUGGCGAAAGCGUUGAUGGCGGUUGGUGUCCAUUUCCCCCAAGUCGAAUUCCUUCUUUAGAAAUUGAGUAUUUUUGUCUUUACAACAGUGUUGAACACAACUCGGCAGGAAAUGGUCACCUUUACAUUUGUAUCAGCCAGUGAAGCAUGGUCCGUAUAUGAGAUAUGAGCAGCGAAAGGAAGCCAUGGAGGACAGGAAGUGAUGCCAAGUUCAGAGUUGAGGUUUCAUUAUUGUUGUUGCUACUGUGCUGUUGGGUCUGGAGAACCUUUCCGCGGUUACCCAGCUGCACCUCCCGCGUUGGCUGGGCACUUCACUUCCAGGCAGCCAAUCGCUGGCCACGGUUGGCAUGACUCCUUCCCCAGCUGCUGUUUUUUUUUUUAUGUAUUUAUCAUUGUUCUUUUUUAUCAUGUAUAGGAAGUGCUGGUUUGCAUUUAGUUUUUGUGCUCAUCCAUUCUUUCUUGUAUUUUAAGAACAUUGUGUGUAGAAAAGCUGACAGCAGUAAAUGGUAUCUUUUCUCAAUAGUAACUCUCGUCUCUGCCCCGUACAUACAGUAAAUGUCUUCCAAUGACCGUGUCUGCCUUGGGCAGGGUCCCAGGCCUAUCUUACAUCAGCUACACUAUCCCCCCAGCUCCUCGUCAUGCCACAAAAGCGCCCCUUUAACAAGCCAGGUCUGGGAAGUGACGUCAACUGGUGAGAGUUGACUGUUAGCCGAGCACUAGGGGCAGGGUAACACUGCAGAGAGCGGCGGACAGCAGCUCCUGUGUGUCUUCUCUGCUUGGCAUGAAGCCAGUGCGGGGCAUGGCCAGAGUAUUCUUCUCCAGCUUCUCUAGGUGGCAGUAGGAUGGAAAAAUCUCCAAAGUUAUCACACCAAAGGCAUGUAUUCCUUAGCUAUUGUAUAAUCUACUGAACCAACACCUGGGCAGGCAAGACAAGCUCAUGACAAAUGUCCUUAUGCUUUGUUGGAAUGGAAAUGCCAAACUUGUACCCAGUUAAUAAAAGGGGCGGAGACGGCUUUUUGUUGGAACUGUUGUAGAUAAGUUAUCCAAUUUGCUGGUCUAACUGUUUGCCUUUCUAGCUACAAGUUGGUAAGAUAGGUAUAGCUUUGUUCUAUGUGUAUGUAUGCAUGACUUGCUUUUAUUGCAGGAUGUGGCACCAGCAGAAGGGGACAGUUGAUUGCUCAAGCAGUCAACCACGAGCAGAAGAAUGUGUGUAUGAGGCAGAUAGUGGUUUGUUUUUAAAUGGUCUCAACUGGAUAGUCAGGACACCCUUCCCCCGUAGCAGUUGAGACCUCCUGUGACCUAGGGCAUUCCUAAAUAAAUGGCAGGGCCGUUUCAGAGUUGGUAGGAGAAUUGUAACUGAGCAGUCUCCAUCACUCUCCUUGCAAGUAAAAGAAACUCACCUCUCUGUGUCUUCUUUUGUACAGGCAGUGUUUUUUGCAAGUGUUGGGGUUUAAACCUGACAUUUAUUUUGGUCCUUCGAGCCGGAAUUCCAAGACACCUGACGAUCCCAGCGGGCAAGCGAGAUCCAGGCAAGACUGUGGCCACAGCAUUAAGACCCUUUCCGGGACUGGUCCCUCUCUUGCGGGCUGGGAUCCGAGGGUUGAAGGAGAUCCAGAGACGCAGAGAUUGUGAGUACAAAUUUUGUUUAAAAGGAAUUAAAGUGAGAAGAAGUAAAAAAAAAAAAAAGUAUAGUAAAAUAGAGAAAAGGUAUAAAAACAAGAAGAAGUACAAACCCUGACAAUUCUAGACUCUAUCAGGUCAGACAGUUAAAUUCCGUAGGCGGAGUAGACACCCCGCAGACUAGUUAAACUCUACAUAGGAUGAGCGGAGUCCUCUGGUCUGGAAAAAUAAGACGCGCGAAGUGUGAAAGUGUGAAUGUAUGAAUGAAAAUACAAUUACCACUAGGUAACUGUGUUUUAUACCAAACCAACAAGAAACAAAUGGUGAGCCUUUGUGGAUGCUUGUAGGCAAGAAAAUUCCACCUGAAAAGGUUGAAGAGAAUUUUACCACAAAAGGUUGUUGAUCACCAUCUUGUUGAAAAUAACCCCAGUGUUAGAACACGACAGGUGUUAAGAACCACUGGGUCCAAAUUUAGUUCAAAAUGGGGAAGGGACAAAGUAAAGAAAAACAAAAGGUCCUUGAAGAACUCCCAUGUAAGGAUUGGAAGGUAGUUGAAAAAGAGGAUAGUCUAGCAGUAAACCCCCUAUAUUAUUGGAUAAAACAGUACAAAUUCAACGGAAAAUUAUCCACGGCAUGUAUUAGGGAGUUACAACAAAACAUAAAAAAGAAAUGUAAGCAAAACGAGAAGAAAAUGAAAAAGGAAGGUUAUGAGCAGACACGAGUCUGGAUGAAAAUAGCAGGACAGCGAGAGGAAGGUGAAAGAAGGGCAAGGCAGGAGAGA